GGCUGCUGCUCAUUUGCUGCAUCUCCCUGGGACCUUGCACCAUCCCUCCAUGAUGUGGGCAAAGACAAUUACAGGAAAUUUUGCCAAUGUGAUUCAUGGUUUGAAUGCGAACCACUUGACAGACCAAGUCAUUCAGAGAAGCAAGCGAAUGAUUCUGGAUACUCUUGGAGUGGGGCUUCUGGGUACCAACACUGAGGUCUGCCACAAAGUGACACAGUACAGCAAAAUCUACAGCUCAGAUAUAUCCAGUACCAUCUGGGGCCACUUGGAUUUCCGUCUGCCUCCUCUGUAUGCAGCUUUUGUGAAUGGAGUGGCUGUGCACUCAAUGGAUUUUGACGACACGUGGCAUCCUGCCACACACCCAUCUGGGGCUGUGCUUCCUGCUGUGAUUGCACUCUCGGAGGCCUUUCCUCAGAAGAAAAAAACCUCAGGUCUCGAUCUGCUCUUAGCUUUCAAUGUGGGAAUCGAAGUGCAAGGCCGGCUGCUGCACUUCUCCAGUGAAGCCAGAAAUAUCCCAAAAAGGUUUCACCCACCGACUGUGGUUGGUACAAUGGGGAGUGCAGCAGCUUGUGCUAAACUGCUAGCUCUUGACCAGAUGCAAUGUAAAAACGCCUUGGCUAUCGCUGCCUCCUAUGCAGGUGCCCCACUGGCUAAUGCAGCAACCCAAACGAAGCCCCUCCAUGUUGGCAAUGCUGCCAAGCAUGGACUGGAAGCAGCUUGCUUAGCAUCACAGGGCCUUCAAGGAAACAAGCAGAUCUUGGACAUGGAGUCGGGGAUAGGUGCCUUUUAUACAGAUUACAACCCACAGACUCUGCCAACCUUGCAGUCCUAUCCCUGGCUGUUGGACCAGCAAGACGUCGCCAUCAAACGCUUUCCUGCUCACCUUGGAACACACUGGGUGGCUGAUGCAGCAUCUUCUGUUAGGAGGAAGCUUGUGGAGAGCAACAACUUGCUCCACCUUGAUAAAAUUGAGAAAGUCAUUCUCAGAGUCCCAGAGGUCAAAUAUGUGAACAGACCCAGCCCUACCUCAGAGCAUGAAGCUCGACACUCCUUCCAGUUUGUUGCAUGCUCUGCUUUGCUGGAUGGCAGCGUGUCGGUCCAGUCCUUCACCAGUGAGAACAUUCACCGUCCGGCCUUGCGGGAGCUCCUCUGCAAAACGCAGCUGGAGCACCCUCCUGAUAACACACCUAGCUUUGAGAGUCUUUACUGCGAAGUGAGUGUCAUGCUUCAGGAUGGCAACACGAUCAGCAACCGCUGUGAUACAUUCUAUGGGCACUGGAGGAAACCUCUGAAAAAGGAGGACUUGGAGAAAAAAUUUCAAUCCAAUGCCUCCAGCAUCCUGCCUGCAGAAGCCACAGAAGGCAUUAUAGAGACAGUGUACAAUCUGGAAAAAGUAGAGGACUGUUCUGUGUUAAGUACAUUUUUAACAGGACAGUCAGCUAGAGAUCUUUUGGAGAAGCUGCGCUUCCUUUGAAUGCUUAAGCCAACAGCAAGACAAUGUUCACAAAGCAGUCAAAAUUCAGGACAAACUCUUAUUUAGUGACUCAAGC